AUGAUUGAACGAGGGCUGAUCCCCCCAACAGCGAGGAUUACCUUUCAGAAUCCACCUAUUAAACCCCAAGCAAUUCCUCUGCAUAAUUUUGAUGAGCAUCGUAAGGUAUCAGUAGAAGCCUCCUUUCCUCUCGCUCACAAGCCACGCCCGGUUCCAGAAGUGGAGGAGCCUUACCAGAAACCAAAAGCCAAGGGGAAAGUCAAAAGGUCAAGAGGACAGCCCAGUAGGAAGGGCAUGAAGAUUACUACACCAUCUAAGACUAGGAAAUCACCCUGGGAUUAUGUCUUUUCUGUUUACAAUGGCUCCAUAGACAGGACAGCCCCAGACUUUUUAGCCUUCAAGACACGUUUCAGAUUAAUCUGGGGGAGUAUUUUGUCUUUCCUGGAACAAAUUGAGAAAUUUCUCAAGGACUAUGCGAUAUCAGAAGCCAAAGUCAAAGGGAGGAGCCUGGUGUCCCUGCUCCCAGAGUUUGAGCUGAAGAACAAACUAACCAGAACUGAUGUUCUGGCUGUGCUGGAGAACCCGGGCUAUAUCCAGAUGCUGCUGAACCUUCCAGGACAGAGGUACAAGGGCCAAGAUGGAAAGACAGAGGCCGCCAUCAAGAUCCAAGCCACGUGGAAAAGUUACAAGGCGAGAAGUACCUUCAUUUCUUAUCGCCAGAAGAAGUGGGCCUCAGGCGUGAUCGCCCUGGCAUGGCUCUUACAUUGCCACAAGACAAGACUAAAGAGGAUCGUGAAGGAAUCUCGGCAGAGACACCUGGAGAACUUCCGCAUUCGAGCCAAGCAUCUGGCAGCCAACUGGAGUCGCAUCAGGACCUCCAGGAGGACUAUUAUCCAUAUACCAUCAUUAGGUAUAACACUCUUGCCUGCAAAUCUAUCAGCAACCUCUAUUACCCACCACAUUAUGGCUCCUUGA